ACUAAAAAGAAAGACGUUUAGGAUCUGAAGACAUGACAGUUCAUCUAAGGAAGGCUUAAUUUGGGGCUUCAGAGAUAGCUCAGAAGCUAAGAGCACUUGGUUACUCUUGCACCAGCACCCACACGGCCGAUCCCAACUACCUGUAAUUCCAGAUCCAGGGAAUCUGAUGCCCUCUUCUGACCUUGGUGGGCACCUAGCAUCCACGAGCCACAUUCACUCACAGACAUAAUUAAACCUAAAAGGGCUACUUAUCUUUAAAGAGUUACGUAUAUGAGUGUUUUGCCUGCGGAUAUGGAUGUGCUUACAGUGCUCACGGUGUGAGAUGAGACAGGGAUGAAGAAACCCAACCGAGGAGUACCAUGGAAGACCCGGUGAGGGGCGCAUCUCCUUUCUCAAGCUACCUGGGACUAGAGGCAAAGAUGAAAGUGAAACAGAAGAUGCACAAAGCCGCCAACAGCCUCUGAACUAGGGUGGAGGUGAAAGCGAAAGUGGGAAGCGUCCUGUGCAACCCCACAGAAGCGAGGCAGACGCCUUUAUGCUGGCCGGGCUUCACUCUUUUCCUCUAAUCCACCCGUCGACCCCCGGGGGUUCAGCUUCCCUGCCCCAAGAUGCUGCAGCAGGCAGUGGAACACAGAGGAGGCUUCUCUUUCGAGAACUGCCAGAGGAAUGCGUCAUUGGAACACGUCCUCUCGGGCCUUCGGGUCCCUCAUGCCCGCAAGACCGGGACUACCAUCGCGGGACUUGUGUUCCGAGAUGGAGUUAUCUUGGGAGCCGAUACGCGGGCCACUAACGAUUCGGUCGUGGCGGACAAAAACUGCGAGAAGAUCCACUUCAUCGCUCCCAAAAUCUACUGCUGUGGGGCUGGAGUAGCUGCCGACACUGAGAUGACCACGCGGAUGGCAGCUUCCAAGAUGGAGCUACAUGCGCUGUCCACCGGCCGUGAGCCUCGGGUGGCCACUGUCACCCGUAUCCUGCGCCAGACACUCUUCCGGUACAAAGGCCACGUGGGAGCAUCACUGAUCGUGGGCGGGGUUGACCUCACCGGGCCGCAACUCUACGGCGUGCAUCCGCACGGUUCCUACAGCCGUUUGCCCUUUACCGCCCUGGGCUCUGGACAGGAUGCAGCCUUGGCACUGCUGGAGGACAGGUUCCAGCCAAACAUGACGCUGGAGGCUGCCCAAGAGCUGUUGGUGGAAGCCAUCACUGCAGGAAUCCUGGAUGACCUGGGCUCUGGAGGCAGUGUGGACGCAUGCGUGAUCACUGCAGCAGGCGCCAAGCUGCUGAGAACACUGAGCUCACCCACAAAGCCUGUGCAGAGAGCUGGCCGUUACCACUUUGCUCCUGGAACCACAGCUGUCCUGACCCAGGAAGUGAGACCCCUGAACCUGGAGCUUCUGGAGGAAACUGUGCACGCCAUGGAGGUGGAAUAAAGUGGCCUAAGACUUAGAGCUUGGAACAAGGGGGAAUAAACCCAGGAGAUACAAACACUUAAA